AUGACUCCCAACAAUCAACGCCCAGGCGGUGUUUUACAAGUGUUUUGGGAAGAUACCGACAAGAUACCGAAGACAUCUCCACCGGAGCAACACCGGAGUGGAGAAGUCAGUGUCUUUGCUUUGCGCAAGGUAUGGGGGUCCCCCAUCAACACUUUGGCAAAUCGAAACCCUCGUAACCCAUACCCUUCCGUGGACAGUCCAGCCUAUGGGUUUUCAGAGGUUAUGGCACUGCUGGGGCAAGUCAUCAUUGACGUAUUUCUACUCAACAGUGUUGACUUCAUGAUUGAGGGAAGCUUGAUCUGGGGAGGAGGGGCAUUGCAGGUUGAUUUCAGAGAAUUUGGUGAUCAGUAUAACCCUAACUUAGGGUCCAAAACCUAUGGGUUUUGCCGACCAAGGGCUAUGGGUUAUGGGUUUUCACGGACUUAUGGGUUAUGCCACGCUCACGCCCCUUCCGUAAUUGACCUUGAGGCCAGCAUUGAUACACGGAUUUCUGCUUUCAACAAAGGUGUUGCAUGCAGGGUCAUACGGUAUAAAGCAAACUUCACCCCACAAAAAGCCCUCAGCAGAGUCAGCACGAAUAUGCAACGAGGAACUUCUUGCGAACUGUGCCUCUUGCCCUUGACACUAUGCCAGUGCUAUUACAAACCAUCUCAACUCUCCGAUGGAACAGGGUGGGCGAACACCAUGCAACUAGACACUUACUGCAACUUGUGCCUCUCCCCUCUGCCAUUAUGCCUGUGCUAUUCCAAACUGUUCCAAAGAGCUCCACCCGCUGAUGUAGAGAUUGGAACCAUGGAACAACCAGUGAUAGCGUCGCCACCAUACGAGCAUCUCAUGUCGGACCUGCUAUCUGGUACGCAGUCGUUCUACAACGCUGUGGCUGUAACCUUACCAUUACUUAUCCCAGAAUUUGGAGAGGGCGACACGAUCAGCCCUAUAGGACUCCGAGGUCACUCGCAGCCACCUCUGCUGCCGACUGACCUGACCAUCUCCGGCGUUGGUGCAGCAGGACAACUCCCACGACCAGUAGUCGCGUCGCCAGCACAUGUUGAUGCAGCAAAUAGACGCAGAACCAGCCCCAGACGAUUUGCGUGUGGCUCAUGCCCACAAGAUUUUACCGCCAAGCACAAUCUACGGAGUUAG